GUUGUUUACAGGCGAAAGUCUGAGCGAGAAGAGUAGCCGCGCCGCACACCGCACUGACAGCACCAUGGUGACCAAGGGGAAACUGACCAAGGAAGAGGAGCUCCUGCUGCAAGACUUCAGCAGAAAUGUAUCCAAGAAGAGCUCUAUCAUUUUCUACUUCAACGCCCUCAUCGUAUCUGCCAUUCCCAUCUGGCUGUUUUGGCGCAUUCACAUGAUGGAUCCCUUGUCCUCAGCCGCCAUAUUUGCACUUGUGACUGGCAUCGCCACCUACCUUGUGGCGUUUGCCUACAUGAAUACCAAGUUUGUCUUGAAGCAUAAGGUUGCCCAGAAGGUUGAAGAUGCAGUGACCCGGGAAGUGAUGCGCAAGCUGUCUGAUGAUAAAAAGAUGGCCAAGAAGGAGAAGGAUGAAAGGGUGUUGUGGAAGAAGAAUGAGGUGGCUGAAGCAGAGGCCACAACUUUCUCCCUCUUUUACAACAAUGCUCUGUUCCUUAUGCUGGUUGUGGUGGGCUCCUUCCUGAUCUUCAAGUCUGUGACCCCUGCGUACAACUAUGUGUUCAGCACCCUAGGGGCUGCUGGCAUCAUUGCUCUCUUCUCCACCAGCACACAGUAGAGGCCCCUCACCACCACCUUCCAUCCUCACUCGUGGUGUUUAUUUCAUUGCAUUGCUGGUGCUGCAGCCAGACACAUUUGGUAUCUUGUUUGCUCUGUGAUGUCAGUUCAUAUUUCUUAAAGUUCCAAUUAUUUUGUAAUGACUGAGUGUUGUUAUCAUUUCCCAUUUCUUUGUUUACUUUACUGGAAACUGGAGAAAAUAAGUAUACAUUUUUAUAGACAGCUUUCCCUAUGGAGUGAUUGGGUGAUUAUUCUAACGACAUACUGAUGAAUCUGUUUUGCAGAUUUUUUAUUUAUUUAUGAAGUCAUCUUGCAAAGCAUGUGUAUUUACAUAAUAUAGUAUUGAAAUAAACUAUGGAUUACUGGUAUGUAACUAAAAAGAUCGCAAGACUCAUUUUCAAAGGAAGCUGGAAAGGAAUAUGUGCCUCACUGUCAAGUUAAGGCUUGUUUAUCAUUACAUGGGGAUAUUAAAACCUAUUGCUUCUGUGAUGCUUUCAACUUGUACAUUCUGUGUACCAUAUAAACCCAUGAUGGUAUGGCCAUGUCCUCUCUAUUGGCCACUUAUUGCAUGUCUGGCAUGCAUGGCUCAUAGCAUGAACCUGAUUGCCAGACAGCAUUGACAGUGUAGACUGACACUUUGGUGUCUGCUGCUAUACUUUAGAUGGUAAACUCAUGUCAGGCCAUCUUAGAUGUUUUUAUAUGUUAUGCGACAGUUACCUGAAAUAUUACAGUUGGAAUCACUUAUAUAUUUGAGUUCAGAUAAAGUUGUGCUCAGGAGUAGUGUUUUCAUAAACCAGAGUAGUGUGUCUGUGUAUGUGCAUGUGUGUGUGUUCGUGUGUUUGGGUGGAUGCGCGCAAUUAUGUUGGAUUAGGUGUGUUACCACAAAUCCAAUACUGAAUAAAUGGACAUAAGUA